AUGGGCCACGGAGAGGAGCCAUUAACCGCCACGUAUAAAACCCAAAGACCCCCAUGGAUCGGAAUCUGGAGCGACCGUGAAUACAAGGGUCGCCCGGAUUGGUGGAAGGAGCCAGGACUCGAAGAUUCAGUCGCCCGCUCCGGCAAACUCCGUCUUUACCGAGCUCGCUUCCGCGAGGAAGAUCCAGAUUGGUAUGACCCAAAGGUAAAAGAUGGAGAAUCUCUUGCUGGACCAUUCGGACUCGACUCCAAGAAGACUAAAAAUCUCACCAAGAAAGGAGAUCAACCUGGAUAUCUUGCUGAUUUUCAAAAUAAGGUCUACGAAGGAUCCCAUCAAUUCAAGUCGAUUGCUGAGAAAUUCGGACUCAGCAAAGAACAUCCAGGACUCGAUGUCAGCCCAACCAUGAGCGACUUGAUCAAAACUCCAAAGGGAGAAUUGGGUAGAAACGCCGUUCUCACCAAUUCAUGGUACCACUUUGGACCACGUUUUUUCGACACUCCUCUCAACGAAGGAGCUUUCUGGAAGGGACUUGCCGCUGCCAAGUAUGCUGGAAUUUUAUUGGCACCAUACACCAUUCUCGAAAUUCGUGCCCUUAACACCGUUUCGGUUGCUGACUUCUCGCCAAGAACAUACUUGAAGAGAUAUCUUCAACUUGCUCCGUUCCCAUUGGCUGUAGCUUUCGCAUGGGGUUUCACUCUAUCAGCUGCCGCAACUAUCCGAAAUAAAGAUGAUGUUAACAAUCACUGGUUUGCUAGUGCUGCCGUCGGAUCCACUGUUGCCACAAUGAAGAGUAACGUCGCUCUUGGAACCUCAGCUGCUCUCUUCACUGCCAUCUUGGGAGCAUUCUGGCAAUACCAACGACACUCCGAGACUGGACUCCAAGGAAUGACCGCUCAUCCACAAUCAGCUGGAAUCUGGGGAGGACCACUUCUCUGGCAGAAAAUGCAAUUCGGAGAUGCCGAUGUCCCAAAGACUCGAUACUGA